AUGUCAUCAGGCAACCCACAACUCACCAUGACCACCUUCCUAUCAGGCAACACAGUCACAACCACUCGCUCCGCUCCCUUCCCCACCAGCGCCGAAAUGGAAGCCCUGCAACACCAACUGGGAGCGCUCCGGAUCCUCAAAACCGCCUCCUCCGCCGAUGAACAAUCCGAAGCCCACUACCGGCGCCUGGUGUACGCCGACUACGAAGAAUGCGUCGAGGCCCUCUCCUCCACCACCGACAGCAUCGACCACACCGUCAAUGAAGUUUUGACGUACCUCCAACGCAUCGACUGCAGCCUAGUGGCGUACUUCGAGUUCCUCGCAGACAUGGACUCACAAACCGAGCAGCUGACUCCCUCCGAAUGUCUGGGGCAGAUGCAGCACGUCACCAACCUCUUCGCGGACGACCUGGACCUCUUCUUCCGCAAACAGAUCUGGACCGAGGUGCUCAAGCUCUACCGUGAACUGUGGAGCGUGGAGGAUGCCACCGAGCUGUUGCGGGACGUCCUCUGCUCCUCCUGGGAGGAUGGCAUCCUCGAUCUUGACCAGUGCGUGCGGCUAUUGCGGGAGCUGCGCAACCGGAAGGCGGAGAUGGCGCGCGCGUUGAAGGGGAUCGAAGCAGCGGUCUCGGAGGUGCAGGACCGGACGGAGAGGUUCUGUAAGGAUGCGGCAAGGUUCUUGGGGCGCAGCAAGGUCAACGAGGAGGAGGGUUGUGAGGCUUUGGGUAUGUGGCUGGAGAGCAUAGGCAAGGAGAUCGGGAAUAUCACUUUCUACUGGGAGAGGACGGAGGAGGAGGAUGAAGACAAUUUCAGGAUGGAAGGGUGA